GAAACUUUCAGACACAAAACUGGAGAAGUUUUGCCCGAGCGAGCCCUGACUAAACUCUAGAGCAGCCCCUGUCUGUUUUUGACAUUUAUCAGCAUUCUUGUGGAGCAGACGCACACACACUUCUUGCGCUGCUGGCAAAUCCCGUAGCACUUGGAAAAGAGCGGAAAUAUUUGGCCUCACAAAACCGCCUGAAACCAGUGGUUUCAGCCAUGAGACUAAACCUCAUUCUGGUACUGUCACUCUGCAUCUGUCUGACCUUCAGUCUCGCAGAAGAUCAGAGACGUCCCUUGACACGAGGUAGAAGGCGAGGACCGAAACGAGCAAGGAAACAGACUAAUAAUGCCAUCUUGCAGCAGGGCAAAACGCCAGAAGGCAAUGGACAGGAUGGAUCCAUUUUCCUUGAAUCUUACAAGAACACCAAGGAGCCAAAGCCAAACUAUGAUGUGACUCCAGGGAAGACUGAGCACUGUGUGUUUCGGGGCAUCACUAUGUUUGAUACAACGGUGUGGUCACCAAAGCCAUGUGUGACCUGCCUGUGCUCCAGUGGUGAGGUGGUCUGUGACCAAAUAAAGUGUCCUGUCCUACGGUGCCAUCUUAAAUUUCAACCAAUCGGAGAGUGCUGCCCAAUUUGCAUUGACUCAGUCCUCGAUGUCCCUGAGUAUUCUGGUGACUCCCCUGUUGUCAACGAUCCUAUCGAGCUUGAUACCGAAAUAUCUCAAAGCCAGACAGAAAGGAAAGAAAGACAGAAAAAAGAAGGAGAGGAACGGAUUCGCAAAAACGAUGCCGAACGCAGGCUGAGAAAGAAGCAGAAGAAAGAGGAAGCCAAGAGAAAGAGGAAGUUAAAAGAGGAGAAGGCUGCCAGGGAAAAAGAGGACGAGCGAAGGAGGCUACGAGAGGAGGAAGAGGAGAGAGUAGCAGCGGAGGAGAGGAGAAGGAGGAUGGAGGAACAGCAGAGGGCCGAGGUGGAGAGAGCUCAUCGACUCGAGAUGGAGCAGAGGGAGAUGCUGAGAGCUCUGGAGGAAGCAUCCGAACGUGCACAGGAAGAAAGGCUCCGUGGAGACGAAGCCACUGAAGAAGAGGAAGAUGUCUGGUUGAGGGGGGACGUUUUCCAAAUGCCGCCAGCGCAGCCAACAAACGCCCCAGGUCCUCCUCCUCUGCCACCUCUCCAGAAGCCAAGUGAACCGGGUGAGGAGGAACCCGAACUGGGCGAGGAGGAACCUGAACACACUGAAAUGGUUACCACCAUGCUACCUCCAGGUUGUUCGAUCUCUGACGUCAUCAUCACCUGUGAGAAUGCGAAACUGACAAAUAUACCUCCACUGUCCAUCCCUGAGCUCAAAUCACUCAGCCUACAGGGCAAUGAAAUCAAAACGAUUCCUGCUGGAGCUUUCAAUGGCAUUCCUAACCUAGAAUGGAUAGAUUUGGGAAAAAACAAGAUCUUGUCAUCUGGGAUCGAUCCACAAGCAUUUAAAGGCCUUAAAUUCCUGUCUCGUUUGUACUUGGAUGGAAACCUUCUGGAACAAAUUCCCUCCGAGCUCCCAUCAACACUCCAAGAGCUGAAGAUAAAUGAGAACAAUCUAAAGGAAAUUGAGGAAAACAGCUUUGAAGGUCUUAGCAAUCUGGUUACCUUGGAAAUGGAGGGAAACUUGCUCAGUGAAGGUAAUAUGAAUCCACAGGCCUUUAAACCUCUGAAAGAGCUGACUUAUCUUCGACUGAGCAGAAACUAUUUCCGUACCAUUCCUCAGGGCCUACCUGCAUCUUUACAGGAGUUGUACCUCGAAAAUAACCGAAUUGAAGAAAUCUCUGAAACGGCAUUUAACGACACAACAAACAUCAACGUUGUUGUGCUGCAACAUAACAGACUAGAUGAAUCAAGGAUUGCGCCAUUAGCCUGGAUCAAUCAAAGGAACCUCGAAUCUAUUGAUCUCUCACACAACAACUUCUAUCUGGUUCCAUCCUUCCUCCCAAAGUCAUUGGUACACCUGGUGUUGGCCGGAAAUCAGAUUGAACGCAUUCCAGGAUACGUGUUUGCUCACAUGGAGCCUGGCCUGGAGUACCUCUACCUCUCUUACAACAAACUGGAUGGUGAAGGCAUUGAGCCAGAGUCCUUCUUUGGCACCUUAAGCACUAUGACCGAACUCUGUCUGGACCACAACGAGCUCACAGCUGUUCCCAUAGGAGUUAAUGAGAUGACAGCGUUACACUUCCUCCGACUUAACAGCAACAAAAUAAGGCAUAUAAACGAAGAUGCCAUCUGUGACCCCUUGAAUGACAACGACUCCCAUCUAGUCGCACUUCGCCUUGAGAACAAUUUAAUUGAUUCACGGAAAAUACCACCCACUGCUUUCUCCUGUGUCCGAUCCUACUCUAGUGUCGUUUUAAAACCCCAGAGGAUCAAGUAACCAUCCUUCAUAUUUCACAAAACAUUAGUGAAAUAAGUUACUAUAUUGUUAAUGCCAAACAACUGCUACGAGAGACACAAUUUCAGCUUAAAAUCUCUGUUUGGCAUGUUUGUUAUUGCAGCAUGUUUUAUUGUCUUUUAUAAGCGUCGAUGUAUAAGUCAGAUAAGAUUGGACAUGACCACUGCUUGGAGGAUUGAGAAAGCAUUCAGUUGUUGUUAGCACCUGUCUAGACGUGUCUUUGAAGGUGUCUUAAGGGGAUGCAUGGAUCAACAGUACAUUAAUUCACGAAAAAAGUAACUAAAACUUUGUAAUCUAUGUUGAGGUGUAUCUAUUUCUUUUGUAACAGUAUUACGUUUGAGAUGUCUACCAUAGUGAAAUUACUAAGAAAAAUGAUGCAUGUUUUGCAGCUUUUAUGAACUGUUUCUAAAUGCAAGCAGCCAGUUUAUGUACCUGUUUACAUAAUGCAUAUUUCAAGUAAGGCAGGGCCAUGAACAUGUUACUACUGAGAAAAUAAUUGAUAUUUACAGUUCGAAAAUGUAUUUUUAUUAUUAUUAUUAUUAAAAAGUUGUUUGAGUGCA